AUGGGACAAGGACCCUCGAGCCCUAAGCCAGGCUCCCCUCUCUUUAUUGUCUUACGGGACUUCAAACAAUAUCGGCGUAUAGCAGAAGGUUAUGGGUUUCAGGUUACUAAAAAGAAAUUAGCUCUCCUUUGCCAACAGGAAUGGCCCACCUUCGAGGUAGGCUGGCCCCCGGGGGGUACGUUUGACGUCUCGGUGGCCGGCCGGGUCAGGGGAAUUGUCUAUGGUAUACCUGGCCACCCCUAUCAGGUCCCCUAUAUCACCGCCUGGAUUGAUUUCAAACCCCCUUCGGGACCACUACAGGUCCAGGCCCUUUCAAAACUAAGACCAGGAACGGAAUCAAAGACGACCUUUAGCCGCAAGCCUCCCGAAAGUCCUAAGGUUGUCACGCAGCUUACUCCUGUCUUACCACCCCCUGAUUCUGACCCCCUAGAUCCAGCUGAGUACUCCCAGUCCCAGGUUUCAGAUCCACCCCCGUACCCAACCUCAGGGUCUCUGAGCCCCUCAGCCCCUCCUCUGAUAAGUCCACCCCAUACUCGAGCAGGUGCUCCUUAUGGCCCUUCUAAUUCCAGUUUGACCCCAGAUUCCACUGUGUCAGCGUUUCCCCUGCGGCAAGUUCCUUCCCCUCCCGGAGAAUCAGGGAGACCGUUCAUGGUAUAUGUUCCCUUCUCCACCAGUGAUUUGUACAAUUGGAAACAGCAAAACCCAUCCUUCUCUGAUAAGCCCCAGAGCCUAAUCUCCCUCCUAGAGACUGUCUUUUAUACUCAUCAGCCCACCUGGGAUGACUGCCAGCAGCUCCUCCGGGUUCUUUUCACAACCAAGGAGCAUGACAGGAUUCUUUUAGAAGCCAGGAAGGGAGUUCUGGACCCAGAUGGACAUCCCUCUACUGACCUGGGGCGCCGCAACCACAUCUUCCCUGAGAACCGGCCCGACUGGGACCCCAACACUGAUCGCGGUAGGGAAGCACUGGACAGGUAUCGCCAGUUAUUGCUGGGAGGGUUACGGGCAGCAGCACGGAAGCCAACUAAUAUGUCCAAAGUCAGUGAGGUUAAACAGGGCAAGGAUGAGUCCCCAGCUGCAUACUUAGAGCGCCUCUACGAGGCAUAUCGAACCUACACCCCUAUCGACCCAGAGGAUCCCAAUAACCGGAGAGCCAUCGUAAUUGAUUUCGUAGCCAAUUCAGCUCCGGACAUCCGUCGGAAGCUACAGAAACUUGAAGGUUUUGAGGGUAAAAAUCUGACUGAACUCAUGGAAGUGGCUAAGCGGGUGUUUGACUAUCGUGAAGAGACUCAAGACAAGCAAACUCGCACGGUCGCAAGGGCGGUAGUGGCAGCUUUAGCACAGGUUCCAGGGGAGGCUCAGAAGCAAGGGUGGAAAGGAAGGCGGGAGGGGCCAAACGCUGGGCGCCCCUAUAAGGGUAAAGGCUUGGGAAGGCCUCCUUUAGCUCGGGAUCAGUGUGCUUACUGCAAAGCCAUGGGUCAUUGGAAAUCUGAGUGCCCUAAUCGCGGGCUGAAAGAGAAGGCAGAGCCGUUAUUGACUUUGAAUACAGACUAGGGGUGCCCCGGCUCAAAGUCCGUUGUGACUCUUGACCCCCUGGAGCCGAGGGUUACUCUCAGUGUUGGGGGUCAACCUGUCUCAUUCCUAGUCGACUCUGGAGCUGCGGCAUCGGUCCUGAAAUCCCCACUGGGCUCCCUCUCAUCGUCCACUGUGCAGGUCCAGGGAGCUACUGGACGAAAACAGUCUGUACCCCUCACCACUUCUCGGGAAGUCCGGUUAGGGAAGGGCCUAGUCUCCCAUUCUUUUCUAGUAAUGCCUGAUUGCCCUUACCCCUUGCUUGGCCGAGAUCUCCUACACAAGCUUCAGGCUAUCAUUUCCUUUAAGGGACCUAACCCCACUCUCGGGUUUAACCUGCCACAACUUGUUCUCACCUGCCCGUUGUCAGAGGAGUCUCGCCUCCUCCCCCUAACGUUUUCCCCAGACCGCCCCUCGACCACCUCCACCCCUACCUCCCUAACUCUGUUGAACCAUUUCAAAGGCUUGGUUCCUGGAGUCUGGGCUGAGACCAACCCGUUUGGUCUAUCAGGACACCAGCCCCCAGUGGUGGUCCAGCUCUCGUCCACAGCAACCCCUGUGCGUGUCCAACAAUACCCGUUGACUCGAGCUGCCCUUUUUGGCAUCAAGCCUCACAUCGAUCGACUCUUGGCGGCAGGCAUUCUACGACCCUGCCAGAGCUCGUGGAACACCCCCCUACUUCCAGUUCGCAAGCCCGGGUCUGGAGACUUCCGUCCUGUCCAGGAUCUACGAGAAGUCAACGCCCGGGUGGAAACUGUACAUCCUACUGUGCCAAACCCAUACACGUUGCUAUCUUCCCUGGACCCUGCUCGGACUUGGUAUACUGUUUUGGACCUGAAGGAUGCUUUCUUUUCCAUUCCCUUGGCACCAGUAAGCCAACCUAUAUUCGCUUUUACUUGGACAGAUCCUAACACUGGGACAUCCUCUCAGCUCACCUGGACCCGGCUUCCCCAAGGUUUUAAGAACUCCCCUACACUUUUUGGCUCAGCUCUGGCCUCCGACCUGGCCGCCUUCCGGGUCUCGUAUCCGGAGGUCACUCUCCUCCAGUAUGUUGAUGACCUUUUGUUAGCUACUUCCUCUGAGGCAAUAUGCAAAGAUGCAACUCUCCACCUUCUCCAGCUGCUUGAAGCUUCCGGCUAUCGUAUCUCUGGAAAGAAAGCACAACUGUGCUCUCAAUCCGUUGUUUACUUGGGUUUCACCCUUCAUUCUGGUCAAAGGUUACUGUCUCGGGGGCGUGUAGCUGCCAUUUUGGGCAUGCCCGCCCCGAGGGACCGCCGCGGGCUCCGGGAAUUCCUGGGGAUGGCUGGAUACUGUCGCCUCUGGAUCUUGGGGUUUGCCGAGGUUGCCAAACCCCUAUAUGAGGCCCUAACUGGUGAACCCACCCAAUUUGUUUGGGGACCACGGCAGCAGGAAGCAUUCGACAAGCUCCGAAAGGCGCUGUCCAGCACGCCUGCCCUCUCCCUGCCAGACCUGUCCAAGCCCUUCCGCCUCUAUGUGUCUGAGUCUCGAGCUGUGGCCAAAGGGGUUCUGACCCAGCCCCUGGGGCCCUGGAAUCGUCCUGUUGCCUAUCUCUCCAAGCAGCUGGACCCUGUGGCUUCCGGGUGGCCCUCUUGCCUGCGAACUGUGGCGGCCGUUGCCGUCUUGGUUAGGGAAGCCGCAAAGCUCACUUUCGGGCAGCCUCUUGAGAUUUCAGCAUCACAUCAUCUGGAACAGCUUUUACAUUCCCCGCCGACAAGAUGGAUCUCAAAUUCACGCCUGACUCAUUACCAAUCCUUACUCCUAGAUUCCGCGCGCAUCUCUUUCGCUCCUCCGGUCACACUCAACCCGGCCACCCUGCUCCCUGACUCCCCUCCUUCCUCCCCUAUACAUGACUGCCUGGACACACUGGACUCCAUCCACACGUCCCGCCCUGGACUUACUGAUGUUCCUUUAACAAACCCCGACCUAGUGCUCUUCACAGACGGCAGCAGUUUUGUUCAGGAGGGGAUCCGUAGGGCGGGUGCAGCCGUGGUCACUCCGGUUGAGACCCUCUGGGAUACCGCUCUACCCCCUGGCACAUCUGCUCAACGUGCUGAACUCAUUGCCUUAACUCAAGCCCUUAGACUCUCUGCAGGGAGGCGAGUAAAUAUUUACACAGAUAGCCGCUAUGCCUUUGCCACUGUUCAUAUCCAUGGAUAUGUAUAUCUCCAAAGGGGUCUGUUAACCUCGGCAGGAAGGGAGAUUAGGAACAAGAGUCAGAUCCAGGACCUGCUGGAUGCUGUCUGGCUUCCCAAGGAGGUGGCGGUAAUUCAUGUUCCUGCUCACACCCGUGGAACUGACCCCCAGUCUCUAGGGAACGCAGCAGCGGAUAAGGCUGCCCGAGCGGCUGCCUGCAAACCCUUGAUACCCGCUAUGGUCGUGGAACCUGAGGGGAUGCUUCCUGUCCAACCAUCUUAUCAAUCCAGUUAUCCGGAUGGCGGAACCCGGCUUUACGACCUGGUGAGCCGACACUUCUACAGCCCUGGGAUGAAGCAGGCGGCCGAGGAAGCCAUCCUCUAUGGAGCCCCUCCUCCUAUUAUUCCAAGAGUAUCUGCAGCUAUUUCAGCCCCAGAUUUUACUAAUCCGACUCUUCUUAAGUCCUUCCAGGCUUUGCGUGAGGUCCAGAACGCUGUGCGCUCGGUCCUGAAAGCUGCGGGAAAAGAACCAGCCCCUGCAACCUCAUCGGACGCCCUGUCACCAGGAGACUGGGUCCUCACUCGCAAGCUUCCAGCUGGACCAGCCCUGGAACCACGGUGGACGGGCCCGUAUCAAAUUAUCCUCUGCAACCCCUCUGCCGUCAAGGUUGCCGGCCGCAAGGCAUGGAUACAUCGGUCACACAUCAAGAAGGCCCCAGAGCCCAACUCCACCGCCUGGACAGCAGAAGCAGUGUGGAUUCUCUCCCGAACUAACGAUGGGACCACCGUCCAAGCUCUCACCAGUUACGGAGCCCCCACUUUCAGGUUUGACCUCUGUGCCCUCUUGGGACCAGGAUGGAAUCAAAACCGGGCUAUGCGGGACCCUAUCGCUGGGGGAUGGGGAUACUGCCCCACUUUUCCCACCACUCCAACCAUACCCGGGGUAGGGGAAGUGAGAAUCAGAAGUAUUGAAUUCUAUGUUUGUCCGGCCACGGGGAAUCCUUCCUGUCAGGGUAGUAAUCACUUUCACUGCGCAGAAUGGGGUUGUGAGACUGUGGCCAGGUGGAUUCCUAGAGGUGGCCGAGACCCCCUAAUCACCCUGGAGAGACAAAGCCCCCUCCCCGCCUCCUGCUGGCCUGGGAAAUGUAACCCUAUGAUUCUAACAGUCAAGCAGGACACUGAUGACUCUUGGAAUCUCGGACAUUCUUGGGGUCUGAGGUUAUACAUGACUGGAUGGGAUAACGGGGUCCUUUUUACCAUUCAGAAAAUCGCAGUUUCCACCCAUACACUCCCCAUAGGACCGAAUCCCAUCCUUAACCCACAAACCAUGUUGACUCUCACCCCACCAUCUGUUAGGGACCUGGUACCAGAGGCUCCCGAAAAUCCAGAGACCCUCACUAACCUAGGAAUUGCUAUCGAACUCAACAUCACCUCUGUGGGAAAGUUGUCUUUAAGUAAGUCCAAACAAUCCUCUGCCAUACCUGCCCGCUGUAACCCAGACAAGCCUAGACUUACCCUAGACGAUGUCCAGGGCAAAGGAAUGUGUUUGCUCGGGCCUGACUACCCGCUGCGGUCCUCCCCAUUCAAUGCUACGUGCACUUCAGUCAUUCUUAUUUCCCCCACAUCCAAAAGCUCUGACCUCCUGUUAACCGCCCCACCUGGAGUAUGGUUCGCUUGUACCAGAGGACUCACCACCUGCAUACAGGACAUUCGUUUCCUCAACCCGACCGAGCUCUGUGUAGUGGUGCGUGUCUUUCCUCAGGUAUAUGUCUACUCAGAGGAAGGGGCAGCUGAGCAUAUUGGCUUAACUCGCUCCAGGAGGGCUGUACCCUUUUUGGUUCCCAUACUGGUGGGACUCGGAGUGGCCGGCUCCGCUGCUGUUGGGGCCUCAGCCCUGAUACAGGGGAAAGCCAACUACGGUGCCUUGAGUGCACAGGUAGAUAGGGACCUACGCUCCUUGGAAGAGCUAGUCUCACACCUUGAGACUUCCCUAGACUCUCUGGCCGAAGUGGUUCUCCAGAACCGCCGAGGCUUGGACCUACUGUUCCUCAAACAGGGAGGCUUAUGCAUGGCGUUGGGAGAAACCUGCUGUUUCUACGCCAAUCGGUCUGGAGUUAUUCGGGAGUCCUUGCAAGCCUUUAGGCAGCGGUUAGAUGAGAGGGACCGCGCACGGGCAACGGGGUCUUUUUGGUAUCAGACCCUAUAUAAUUGGUCCCCCUGGCUAACCACCCUACUCUCCGGAGUGGUGGGCCCUCUGGCCCUUCUCCUCCUUGGGUUACUCGUGGCCCCUUGUCUCAUAAAAUGCAUCACCCGCUACGUCCAGAAACAAGUGCAAGCACUCCAGUUGUUUGUCCUGCGUCAAUCCUAUGCUCCUCUGGACUCUGAUGAGUCCCCCGUCUGA